CAACCAAUAAUUGUCUCCUCUAGUCUCGUGAUCCCUCGAGUCUCAUCUCCUCACUCCGUAGCUCCAUAUGCAUAGAGAGAGAUAGAGCUGUGCUGGCCAUGGCGAUCGCCGCCUCUUCCUCUCUUCUCCUCCUUCAUCACCUGCUCCUUGUUUUGGCCUCGUGGUGGCGUCUUGCGGACGCCGCUUACAUCGCCUACAACACGUCGGGGGGCGUCGUCCUCGGGAAGCUCAACGUACACCUCGUGCCUCACAGUCACGACGAUGUCGGCUGGCUCAAGACCAUCGACCAGUAUUACGUCGGCUCCAACAACUCCAUCCAGGGAGCUUGCAUCCAGAAUGUGUUGGAUUCGGUGGUCGAGGCGCUUCUGGCCGACAAGAGUCGCAAGUUCAUUUUCGUUGAGAUGGCAUUCUUUAUCCGAUGGUGGAGACAGCAGAGCGAUAAGACGAAGAAGUUGGUGAAGGAGCUGGUCGACUCGGGACAGUUGGAGUUCAUAAAUGGAGGUUGGUGCAUGCAUGAUGAAGCAGUCGUCCACUACAUCGACAUGAUUGAUCAGACCACACUUGGACAUCGGUUUCUGAAACAAGAGUUUGAUCAGCUUCCACGGAUUGGUUGGCAGAUAGAUCCUUUUGGACAUUCCGCUGUACAAGCAUAUUUACUUGGAGCAGAGCUUGGAUUCGAUGCUCUUUAUUUUUCACGCAUUGAUUACCAAGACCGAGAAAAAAGGAAGGAUACUAAGAGCCUUGAGGUUGUGUGGCGGGGUUCCAAAACUCUUGGUUCAUCUGUGGAUAUAUUCACUGGCAUAUUCCCAAAGAACUAUGAACCUCCUCCAGGUGGCUUUUACUUUGAAGUUAAUGAUGAGUCACCUGUUAUUCAGGAUGAUCCCCUUUUAUUUGAUUACAAUGUUCAAGAGCGAGUAGAUGAUUUUGUGGCUGCAGCUUUAUCCCAGGCCAACAUUACUAGAACAGAUCACAUCAUGUUUACCAUGGGGACUGAUUUCAAAUAUCAGUAUGCAAAUUCAUGGUUCAGACAGAUGGAUAAAUUCAUUCAUUAUGUCAACAAGGACGGCCGUGUUAAUGCCUUGUAUUCAACCCCGUCCAUUUACACAAAUGCAAAACAUGCAGCAAAUGAAUCUUGGCCACUGAAGACUGAUGAUUUCUUCCCAUAUGCCGAUCGUGCAAAUGCAUAUUGGACAGGGUACUUCACAAGUAGGCCUGCCUUAAAAGGUUAUGUAAGAUUAUUGAGUUCUUACUAUGUGGCAGCUAGACAGUUAGAGUUUAUUAAAGGAAGAAGUAGUUCUGGCCCUACAACAGACAGUUUGGCUGAUGCUUUAGCAAUUGUUCAACAUCAUGAUGCCAUUACAGGAACAGAAAAACAACAUGUUGCAAAUGAUUAUGCCAAGCGUUUGGCAAUUGGUUAUGCAGAGGCUUCUAAGGUGGUUGAAUCCUCAUUUGCUUGCUUGACAGAGUCUAUCUCAGGUUCUGGUGAUUGUCUCCCAGUAACAAAAUUUGAGCAGUGCCCACUUCUUAACAUAAGUUAUUGCCCUCCAUCUGAAUCAGAUUUAUAUGCUGGAAGAAGCUUGGUUGUUCUUGUCUAUAACUCUCUUGGUUGGAUGAGGGAGGACAUUAUCAGAAUACCUGUUGUUAGUGACUCCGUCCUUGUGCUGGAUCAUGAAGGAAAAGAAAUUGAGUCACAGCUUUUACCUAUAAAAAGCCCCUCAACAGCCCUACGAAAUUUUUAUGUCAAGGCAUAUUUGGGAAAAUCUCCAAGCAUAACACCAAAAUAUUGGCUUGCAUUCCCAGUAACAGUACAACCUCUUGGGUUUACUACAUAUUUCAUCAAAAGUGCAAAACAGACAGGUUCACAUGCUGUUAUGUCAAUGGUAUCUUCAUCUCAAGGUAUGGAAAAUUCCACAAUGGAGAUUGAACUAGGAAAUCUGAAGCUACAGUUUGAUCUGGAUGGAAACAAGUUAAGUCAUUAUUUCAACAAAAGAAGCUUGGUCAAAGCUUCUGUAGAACAGACAUACAGUUUCUAUUCUGGAGAUGAUGGAAGUGGUGCUGAUCCUCAGGCUUCUGGUGCUUAUGUAUUUCGUCCAAGUGGUAAAUUUCCAAUACAAUCCGAGAAAAAGGUCCCUUUGACAAUCUUGCAAGGGCCGUUACUACAUGAAGUACAUCAGCAGAUAAGUUCAUGGAUAUAUCAGGUUACAAGAAUAUACAAGACAAAAGAACAUCUGGAAGUAGAGUUCAUUGUUGGUCCUAUACCAACUAAUGAUGGUGUUGGUAAAGAAGUAGUCACUCAGAUCGCAACAACUAUGAAUACCAGCAAAACAUUCUACACAGAUUCCAAUGGACGUGAUUUUAUCAAGAGAAUCCGAGACUACAGGUCUGAUUGGGAACUUCAAGUCAACCAGCCUGUUGCUGGAAAUUAUUAUCCUAUUAACCUAGGAAUGUAUAUCAAAGAUGACAGUACAGAACUAUCAGUAUUGGCAGAUCGAGCAAUAGGUGGAACCAGUUUGGUGGAUGGCCAAGUAGAAUUGAUGCUCCAUAGGAGAUUGCUUCAUGAUGAUAGUCGGGGUGUUGCAGAAGCCCUUAACGAAGUAGUUUGUGUAGAGAUUGAAUGUGAAGGGCUAGCAAUUCAAGGUAAGCUAUAUAUUAGAGUCGAUCCUUUAGGCGAAGGAGCCCACUGGCGCAGGUCAACAGGCCAGCAGAUAUAUUCUCCUCUUCUUAUAGCAUUCUCUGAAGAGCACGAAGGCAACUGGUCGAAUUUUCAUAUAACGACAUUCUCAAUGCUGGACCACUCAUACAGCUUGCCAGAGAAUGUUGCAUUGAUUACUCUCCAGGAGCUUGAAGAUGGGAGUGUUCUGCUAAGGUUAGGACACCUAUAUGAGGUGGGUGAGGAUAAAGAUCUUUCAAAAAUAGCAUAUGUUGAACUCAAGAAAAUGUUUCCAGGAAGAAAGAUCAAUAUAACUGAAAUGAACUUAAGUGCCAACCAAGAAAGGGCUGAAAUGGAAAAGAAGAAGCUAAAAUGGGGAGUGGAGAGCUCUUCAACUGAUGAAACCAUAGUCAAGGGAGGUCUUGUUGAUCCUUCCAAAUUGGUGGUUGAGCUUGGACCAAUGGAAAUCCGCACUUUUAUUUUAAAUCUCGACAAAUCAGUGACCGCUGACAAGAACAAUUAACAUUUCGCAUUUCUGUAGCCUUCUUGAGCAUCAACGCAUGUCCUGUAAUAUAAUUAUGAAUAAUUCCAGCUGAUUUUGUCACAAGACAUCUCAGUGUGGAUUUUCUGAACCUUCUUUAGUGAUCAAAAAUAAAUUUGCAUCUGCAAACACCUCUCA